GGUCGGGGAAGAUGUCGGAGGCGUCGGUGGCCGACACCAGGCGGCUCAACUCGAAGCCGCAGGACCUGACGGACGCCUACGGGCCGCCCAGCAACUUCCUGGAGAUCGACAUCUUCAACCCGCAGACCGUCGGCGUCGGCCGGGCCCGCUUCACCACCUACGAGGUCCGCAUGAGGACCAACCUGCCCAUCUUCAAGCUGAAGGAGUCGUGCGUGAGGCGGCGCUACAGUGACUUCGAGUGGCUGAAGAAUGAGCUGGAGCGUGACAGUAAGAUCGUGGUGCCGCCCCUGCCCGGGAAGGCCCUGAAGCGUCAGCUGCCCUUCCGGGGAGAUGAGGGCAUCUUCGAGGAGGCCUUCAUCGAGGAGCGGCGACAAGGCCUCGAGCAGUUCAUCAACAAGAUCGCCGGGCACCCGCUGGCCCAGAACGAGCGCUGCCUGCACAUGUUCCUGCAGGAGGAGACCAUCGACCGCAACUACGUCCCCGGGAAGGUGCGCCAGUGAGGGGGUGCCGCCCCCGGCCCGGAUGCCCGCCCUGCAUGAAGCCGCCCUCGGGCCCCGCCGGGGAGGACCAGGGGUCCCGCGGGCGUCCGUCCCCUCGCACCCGGCGCCGGGGGCCUGGGCGUCGGCGGGCCCGGGUAGAGCGGAGGCCCCGGGGGACCGGGCGAGGGGGGACGGGUCCCCGCCCGCGGGCAGGACGGUGGGCACCGCGGGCGCCGGGCGCCGCUUUGACGGAGAACCUCUGUCGCCGGCGGCGGCGUCUAUUUCGUGUCUCGUUUAGUUUCACGUCUGAUCGUUUCCCCCCCCUUCCCUCGGUCGCGCACCACGAGGCCCGGGGGGCGAGGGGGUCCCGGAAGCCCCCGGCCCGCGUGUACCCACCCGCGCGCGUCCCCAUUAAACCACUGUGACGCCUCA